ACGGCAUCAUACAAAAAGCCCAAAAAUCCUUCUAGGGUUUCACGAGUAAGAUCCCCUCUUCUUCUUCUUCCCCCUUAGUUUUGCCAAAUUCGAGCUUCUAGGGUUUUGUUUUUGCGACGCUGUAUAUACAUAGCGCUUGAUUUUUUCCCGGAUUUUUUUUUCUGAACCCGAAUUUUACUUUUCGAGGACGAUUGGGCUUGGCUCCAGUGAAGCUUUGAAGUGUGAUUUUGAUUAGGGAUUUUUGAUUUGAGUUAGGGUUUUGGUUACUGUGAGAGUUGAAUUGAUGGCUACGGUGAGCGCGGAAGAUGUGGAGUACGAGAGUGAUCCGGAGGAGGCCAAACGGUCGUUGGCGAUGCGGCGGCGGCGUGCGGCGAGCGACGAUGAGGGAGAAGAGGGAGAGGGGAGGGAGAAACCGAAGGCGGAUCGGAGGGCUCCUAUUCACUCUGAUGAUGAAUCGGACGAUCAGGGUGGGGCGGCGGAGUAUGAUGACGACGAAGAGUUGGUAGAAGAGGAAGAGGAAGAGAUUGAUGAGGAAGAGGAGGAAGUUGAGGAGGAGGAAGAGGCGUUUCGUGAAGCCUAUGUGGAGAGAGGGCCGGAAGGUGAGACUGUUUUGGUGUUGAAGGAAUUGGAGGGCGGCGAGGGGAGGAGGUCUGUGGAUGGAACGGUGGAUGAGAAUGGGGAGAAUGAGGGCGGCGAAGAUGAGGGGGAGGAGGAGGAGAAGAAGGAGAAUGAGCCCUUUGCAGUGCCCACAGCUGGGGCAUUCUAUAUGCAUGAUGAUCGAUUCAGGGACAAUGCCGGUGCUCGGAACAGGCGAACACAUGGUGGAAGGAAGCUGUGGGAGUCUAAAGAUGACAGGAAGUGGGGCCAUGACAAGUUUGAGGAGAUGUCUCAGCAUGAAAGGCACCAUGAAGAGGGCAGAAGACCCUCUAGGGGAAAUUUUCGGGGUCGAGGUAGAAAUCGAGGUAUUGAUCGUGGGUAUGCUACAGGAAACAGGUCGAAAGAGUAUGAGAAUAAUAAUCAGAGACAGUUACCCAAGGCUGUGAGAGGGAGAGGGCCCAGAAGGUAUGAACCUGCUGUUAGGAAUAACAGGCAGGCACCUUCAACACAAUACAGACAGUCUGGAAAGUCUGCUGACAAAACAUCACAGACUAAUUCAGAGAGGGAUUUUGCUCCCCCAUCAAAUGCAGAAUCUGACCCACUUACUGCUAGGAAAAAUGUCUUUGCGUCAAGCCUGAAUUCAGCUUCUCCUCCUUUUUAUCCAUCAGGAUCCUCCAAUAAGGAGAUCAAUCUUAAUCAAAAAAGGGAUGCACAUGCUGGGGGUGCCAAGAGGAAUACUCGUCUAUCUGCAUCAGAGGAGAAUUUUUCGGGGCGACAAACCAAUGCAUAUCUGCGAGGAAAGAAUGUAGCUGAAUCUGUUAGUGUUGGUAUGGAAAAGCUUUAUAUUGAUGAUUCAAAGAAUCCAGGAGCCGGGAAGACUUUAACCACCGUACUGAUGCCAUCAUCUGGGUCUUCAAUCGUCAAUGCUACUCAAGCUUCUCACCCUAGGGUUCAGGGAAGGGGUGCUGUCACAGGACAGAUGAGCUAUCGUCCAGUCGUACCUCAAAACCAGAUGCCAAGAGCUCCAUCACCACAGUUCCAUGCUGUUCAGCGCAAUCCUGUCCAAAAUCGGCCCCAAUUGGCUCUUCAAGCUCCUCCCCAGCAGUUGGGCCAACGCCCUGGAAGUGGAUCUCAAGCCUCUUCUCCACCUAAAACACCUGGAGAAGUUGAACCAUUAGAUUCAAGUAAAUCUAAAGGUGCACUAGUUGCAAAGGGAAAAGGCAGUACUCAAGUUAAUGGCAGGGGAACUCUUACUUACAAUGGCGCUCAGGUUAUUGGGGCCUCUGGAGGUAUGGGUGUCAAUCAUGGAGAUCAGAACUUUCCUGGGACACCCGCCUUUUUGCCUGUUAUGCAAUUUGGUGGCCAGCACCCUGGGGGUAUGGGAGUUCCAGCUGUUGGCAUGGCAUUCCCUGGAUAUGUUGCUCAGCCACAACUUGGUGGUGGCAUAGGAAAUUCUGAAAUGACCUGGUUGCCUGUAUUAGCGGGCGCUGCUGGAGCUUUAGGGGCUGCCUAUUGCCCGCCCUAUAUUACUGUUGAUAGUUCUUAUCAUGCUCGUCCGUCAGGAGAGACAUCUGUGGGUUCAUUGAGCAAAGAAAAUAAUUCAAACAAAACCAAUAAUGAAUGGAAGCCUUCGCAAAAGCCUGAAAUAGUGGGUGACGAGUAUGGGCAGCGACAAAACAAGCCUCGUAGAUAUUCACAAAUGAAUGUCGCCAGUGAAGUUCAUCAAAAUAAUACGGAGCUUGUUUGAUAAACAGAUAAAGGCCUUCGUCUAGGCCCUUGGUGAUCUUCAGUGUAUGUUCUGGAGCACUUUGGGCCAAUGUGUUCCAAGAUAUCUUAGUUGUGUAUGACAAACACCUGCUCUUGCUGCACUCAAUUUAAGAUCAAUAUUGCGGCUUGACGGGUGGCAAUUCCUUGUUUGAUUGUUCGUUGUUUCCAGGUUUUCUCGUGGUUUGGUUUUCAGUUGAAAAGCUUGUGAGAAAUGUAGACUGGCUUCCUCAUAAACUACUAUAUAGAAGAAAAUUGGAAAAGUGCAAGAAUUAUUGUGCAGCAGCAGUUUGCUUAGUUGAGUUUAUUACGUUCUUUCACCUCUAUAGAUGAUGCAUCGGACUUCUAUUUUUUUCUUUUAAUUUGUUAUGACCUUGGUGAUAGUUUUCCUUGCUUUGAGAGUAUUGGAAUCUUUAUUGCUUAGUUCUCUUGAUGAUGGAACUAUAUAUUUGCUGUAAUCAGUGUUGCUAUUAUCAGUCUAUUAUUGAUGUUUUUUUUGUGCUGUCCCAUAACUGUGGUACAUGUGUUGUCACUAUGAAAAGGAAAGGUUGUUAGUGGCCUUAUCAUUGUUUAAAUAAAAUAAGUUGUUUAAGCACAAUAAUGGAUUUUCUGUGUUCUAGAAUUCUAUUAUUGGAAUCAUUUGUGCGAUAAUGACGAGUUUGCUAACAAUCGUUUGUACUAUUGUGGUGACUCUAGCGGUCUAGCCUUGCCAUUUUGUCACGGUAUUAGGA